GCGGCUGCCAAGUGCCUUGCGCUUUGCAAAGUUUGCAUCAAGGUAUUUCUUUCCUCGCCCGGGUUUUUUUAAUACACCUCAAGCCCAGCUGUCGCCUGGCGACGACUCUAUCAUCAACAUGUACUCUCUCCUCAAUUACGUCGCUGUGACCUCCAAAGAAAUAACCGUAUCAUCCUCUUCAACUUCUUUCCAAUCCCCUCUACGCCUCCUCGAUCACCUCUCCCAAUGAUAAUGUGACCUUUCAAAGCAACGAAACAGGGUUACACGGUCGCUCAGACGAAGAGAAACGGCUCAUCGGGAUCACGACUAUCUCUGUUGUUACGUGCCUUACACCCGAGUUCCAUACUGCGGGCCAAGAGGAAGUCACAAAACUUACAAUCUCAAUGUUGUUGCAGCGCUUACGGAUUUUGGAGCCGACUCUCGAAGCUGUGAUUGCGUAUAACCUUGUGGAUCUUGCAGUCGUAGCUCCCGAAGAGUCGUCUAUAGACGUUCAGGUGUUGGCCACCCAGACGAGGCUUGCACGGGAACUAGACCAAAGACCAGAUUUGUAUGACGUAUACCUGGUUGAGCUGCUCACUCUCUUCGGAGACAAAGGCGUUGCUAUCCAGAACGUGGCUACGUCUGCCCGACACGUCAAGACUACUCUCUACACCUGGCCACUUCGCAAGAGCUUAUGGGCCUCUUCUGAAACAUGUAAUUCCUCUGCGUCCUCUUCCACUUUACAUCUGCUCAUACCUGUGCUGGCAAAAAUCGCAACAAAGACGCCAACUCUGGUGCUCGAGAAUGCUCAUGAUGCAUGCUGCAUUGUUUGGAAAGGGAAGAAAGUUUUCCAGUUAAGUAUCACCCAUAACUUGUGGGCGUUCGAGAAGUAGUUCUAGGGACCGGAAGAGUCCGAAGGAGGUCUAAUACUUCGUCUCGUCAUUGCAAUCCUUAUUUUUCAGAGUGACUCACUGCUUUGGUAUUAAUGGAGGUGUGAUAGGCUCGAAAUUCCUCAGUAUUCACAAGACUUGAGUUAAAUAGUUCCUUGCAUGGCGGUCCCUGCUCACUAUCCGAGGAGUUCCGGUUAGAAUGUUGGCGCGAGUGUAAAGGUCGACUGUGGCCUUCUACACACACGUUAGAGAUAGGCAUGUAGACCGCGUGACCCAGGGGAAGGGGGGCAUC